AUGCCAUUACCGAGUGAUUCGCCCAAUAUUCCAACACUCCCGUCCGAGCAAGUGCCAAAUUCAUCAGGCAAAACAAAGUUGGUAAAAUUGGUUAACUUUUUCUUACCACCAGCCGAUACUUCGACAUUUUCCUUUGCGGGUAGUCCUCAGAAUCCUCCCGAUGAUCCUUGGUUAAACAGUUUAUCUCUCAGCUAUCCCCCUUUAUUAUCUUUUUUAAGUCAAAUACAAACUUAUCCAUGGUUUAACUUUCGUGAAGCUCCAGGUGUAAAUGUUGGUCUAAAACCACCUCGUGAUCCUGUCUCUUCUAUUAAUAAUUUUGGCAAUUCAAAUUCAACUUAUCCCGGCGAUUUUGGAAUUUUAGGCAACAUUAAUACAAAUUAUUAUGCUAAUAUUACCACCACAAGUGAUUCAUCUGCUCAAGCUCAGAACUUUUUACCAGUUCCAUUUUUUCAAAAACCACUUGACAGUAACGCCUACCCUGAUAUUGAUCAACUAGAUAAAGCAUAUGAUGAUAUAUUAAGCGAUAGUAUUCAUAAUGUGAUCAACGAAUUAGCUAAAGUAAAUAAACUUUCAUCAGGUGACAAGAAUAAUCUGACAAGUACCAAACUAUUAUAUUAUAAUAUCAAAACUGCUGGAAUAAUAACAAAAAUGCCUUGGGGAAAUAUAUUAUUUGAUUCAGCAAAUAAUUUUUCUAAACAAUGGAAUUACACUUUACAAAUUGGUACGGAUAUUCGAAUCUCUGCUGCUGCUUCUUUUCCAUCUCAAGGUUUAAGAAGAAUAGCUCAACAAAGUGAUUUAAGUAAUGGUAUAAUAAGAACUGUUAAUGGAACUAAUGGUGGUGGUGGUCCUGCUACUAUUGGUAUUACUCCAAUGUAUCGAGUAAUGCCACAAUUAUUUUCCACUGAAAUCAAGGUCCCAAUUGGAACUUUAAUCGGUGGAAUUUUAUAUCCAUUUGGCGUAUCAUUCCUUUUACCAAUUUUCGUAAUUACUUUAGUAAAAGAAAAAGAGGAUAGAAUAUUAAUUAUGAUGAAAAUGAAUGGAUUAAAAAGUUUUACUUAUUAUCUUUCUCAUUAUAUACAUUUCUAUUUAAUCCAUAUUAUUACGACAUUAGUAUUUGUGAUCACUGGGUUAAUUUUCAAAAUGGAAAUAUUUACAAAAACCGAUCCAGAUAUAAAGAAAGAUAAGGAUAUUGUUGAACUUGAACAAGGAAAUAUAGAAAUUGAUUCAAGUGAAAUAUUACAUGAAGAUGAUGAUGUUAAGGAAGAAAGAAAGAAAGUUCUUGGAAAUAAUUAUGAUCCAGAUUCUCCAUUGGUUAUGAAACGUAUGAGAAAGGUUUAUCCUAAUGGAAAAUUAGCAGUUAAAGAAGUUACUUUUGCUGUUGAUAGGAAUAUUAUCUUUGGACUUUUGGGACCUAAUGGCGCAGGAAAAACAACGUUAAUUAGUAUUUUAACUGGAUUAUAUCCGCCGACUUCUGGUUCCGCAACAAUAAAUAACUAUGAUAUUCACACUAAUAUGCAAGAAGUUUAUAUGUCUAUAGGUGUAUGCCCUCAACAUGAUAUUUUAUGGGAUGAUUUAACAGUUG